GAUUUUGUUUGUGUGUGUCUCUCUAUAACCCACAGGUCAUGCAUGCAGUUUGGCCUAUAGCCUGUACUGUGUAGAGCCUAUCGUGCUGCAGUGCAAGGAAGAGAAAAGGGCUGUGCUUCCUGACUCAAACACAGUCCUGCUGCUCCAUGUUUCCUAUGCUAACCCUUCUGAGCAUGUUUUACUAUAUCUGUCUACGGCGGCGCUCCAGGAGCGGGACGCGGAGCGAGGCGUUGGGUAGCCGGCGGGCGGUGGAGCUGGGCCAGCGUUCGGCGCUGCCCAUCACCGUUGAGGUCGAGCAGUAUGGCAAAGAGGUCCUGGACUUCAGCUCUCACUAUGGCAGUGAGAACAGCAUGUCCUAUACCAUGUGGAAUCUGGCGGGAGUGCCUAACGUCUAUCCCAGCUCAGGAGACUUCACCCAGACGGCUGUGUUCCGCACUUACGGAAGCUGGUGGGAGCAGUGCACCAGCACUGCUUCCCCGUUCCGUCGUACGCCGCCCAAUUUCCACAGCCUGGACUACCUGGAACUGGCCUUCGAGGAGCCCGUCUAUCCCACAGCUGUGGAGGUGCUGGAGACCUACCACCCCGGGGCCGUUGUCAGGAUCCUAGCAUGUUCGCUCAACCCUUUCUCCCAGAAUCCUCCAGCUGAUGUGAGGUGGGAGGUUCUGUGGGCCGGCAAGCCCAACAAAGCUCUGACCCCUCAAGCUCGCCAGUUCUCCCCCAGCAUCAGGCAGAUCAGUUUUGCCAGCAACCUGCUGCGUCUGGAGGUGAACAACACUCUGUUGGAUUACUACACUGAGCUGGAUGCAGUGAUCCUGCGAGGCGUUCGGGAGAGACCCAUUCUGGCCCUCUAUAAGAUCCCUGUCAUAGACAUCAACGAUCUGAGUGACAGUGAAGAGGAGAUCAGUGAUGCAGGAGGCCUCUGCUGCAGGUCGGGUGGAGAAAACAGGCACAACCUGGGGAACGGCUACUUUGAAAGGCUCCCUUAUGAGCUAAUCCAGCUGAUUGUGAGUCAUCUGCCUGUUCCGGACCUGUGCCGAUUGGCUCAGAGCUGCAAGCUUUUUCACAAACACUGCUGUGACCCACUGCAGUACAUCCAGCUCAGCCUGCAGCCGUACUGGGCCCAGCUCACAGACACCUCUCUGAGCCACCUGCAGAGCUGCUGCACCCUCCUGCAGAGACUAAACAUGUCUUGGACGGGCAACCGUGGAGCCGUGACGGCCGCCGGAUUCUGCAGCUUUAUGAAGGCCUGUGGACUGAGUCUGGUGUGUUUGGAGCUGUCGUGCUGUCAUUUCCUGACUGAAGCGUGUUUAGAAGUGAUCGCCCAGACGUGUCAGUGCCUCCAGGAGCUCAAUUUGGCUUCCUGUGACCGUCUGCAACCUCAGGCCUUCAAUCUCAUCGCCAAACUCCCUAAUCUACGCAGGCUUGUGCUGUACCGCACAAAAGUUGAGCAAUCUGCCAUAUUGAGCAUCCUCACAUUCUGCCCAGAGCUCAGGCACCUUAACCUGGGAAGCUGUGUCAUGAUUGAGGACUAUGAUGUGGUGGCGAGCAUGCUGAGUGCACGCUGCCGUUCUCUACGCUCCCUCGACCUGUGGCGCUGCAGGAACCUAAGUGAGCGCGGUCUGGCAGAGCUGGUUUCAGGCUGCAGGCUCCUGGAAGAGCUGGACCUGGGUUGGUGCGCCACGCUUCAGAGCAGCUCCGGCUGCUUCCAGCACUUGGCCCGUAGUUUGCCCCGCCUACGAAAGCUCUUCCUCACCGCCAACCGCACCGUGUGCGACUCUGACCUGGAGGAGCUGGCUGCCAACUGCAGCGCUCUGGAGCACCUUGAUAUACUGGGCACACGGAUGGUGAGCCCUGUCUCUCUGCGGAAAUUACUGCAGUGUUGUCCUCAGCUAAAACUGUUGGAUGUGUCCUUCUGCUCGCAGAUCGACUCUCGCUUCGUCCAGGAGCUCAGUGGACUUUUCCCAAAUGUGUCCAUCAAGAAGAGUUUCACUCAGUAAAACUCGAUGGGUCCUGAGCAGGAGCAGCUUUACAGGAUGGUCUUUAAGACCCUGGGGAGACGGGUGACGCAUGGUGCUGUGAACUUGCUUCCUUGAACUGCACAAACUGAACUGCCGGUUUGAAGAUGUUAUAGAUGUUUCACUCGCUUUUAGCUUGAAUGGUCUCACUACCCAGACAGCAUGCAGUGUCGGCCCAGAUCCGGCCCACAUCUGGCCCGCAUGGAUUUCACGCGGGCCAUAUGUGGGCCGAAUCUGGGCCAACACUAUGUUGCUGUCUGGGUAUGUAUUGAAUCUCACACAUUUCAUCAGACCUCAGUUUUUUAUCUUAAUCUCAGGGUUAUAUUUUUGUCUUCAGAGAGAGACGUUUGUAGUAUGCUAUACUACAGGCGAAUGGUUUCGUUUUAAACGCAUUCAAGUGUUUCAGUACCACUGUUUUAUUUGCUUUGUUAAAUGUUGUCAAAUCAAUGUUAAAUAUCGUGAAAUGGUGUACUAUGACUAUUUAUUGAUUGACUAUAAAUUCAGGAUAUUGACUUGAAUCUUGGGCACAGAAAUCUUUUGUGGCAAUACCUUGUUUGUGUGAAACUUUGCCCAUAUCUUGAGUCAAUCCUGUUAUGCACAUGUAUAUACACAAUGGGCAAACACCAAAAUAUAAGCUUUUCUCUAUUGCAAAACUUGACGUUUCCUUUUACAAAGGCACAUGCUAAUCGGUAGAUGACAUAUCCUUGUGCCUUAGUUUUAAAGAGAGAAGUGCUUUGAUUGUUUGCUGGUCGUCUAUAUUGUGCUAUGCUAAAUUGUGAUUUGCUAAAAUCACCCUAAACCAAAGGGUUUUUCUUUUUUCUUAAUACACUUUCAUUUUGAAAAACAGAUGGCAAUGUACUUUAUUAUUUAAAGGUGUACAACUAUUCAAGUCAAAACUAGGAUUAAGGAUAAAAUGUGCUUUUGGCAAAAGUUUUUUAAGUGCCAUAUUUAAAGAAAAAAUGGUUUUCAAUUUGACUUGUGCUUUACUAGCAGAAUAAUAAGCACACCCUGUAAACAAACUCUAAAGUUAAUUAGACGCAACCUAACGUUAAAUUGAUUGUAUUUAUGUUAAAUUGUACUGUAGCUACAGUGAAUUAUUUGUUGUCAGUUUGGAUAUUGUAUUAAAUUUGUGCUGUUUGGAAGCAGGAGGCAUUAUGUCAGAUCUGAGAGUGACAGUCGAGGUCUUGGUUCAAUAAAG